CAAAGAAGGAAAAAAGGACUCAUAGCCGAAACCAUGAUCAAGAGCACGAACGGCGAAUCUCCUUCAUUGGGUUACGAGUUCGCCGAAGUUAGCACCAAGGACGGAAAAUCUAAGCCGCCGGUGAUAUAUUCCGAUGGUUUGUUCGGAGGGAGAGACGUGAUUAGAAUCGUGCUAUUGGUCACGACCGUGACACUUUCUUGUCUAUUAUUCUACAAGUCUGCAAAUAAUCCACUCAACAUGGUGUUGUCUCCAUGGAAGGCCGAUUGUUAUGCUUCAAAACUCAUGAAUGAGACUUCCUUAGAAGUGGAACAAAAGAAGGAGCCGGUUUCAGAAUUAGAGAGGGUAUUGAUGAAUGCGGCUAUGGAGGAUAACACGGUGAUCAUAACGGCGUUAAACCAAGCAUGGGCCGAACCAAACUCAACUUUCGAUGUGUUUCGAGAGAGUUUUAAAGCUGGAAUAGAAACAGAGAGGCUGUUGAAGCAUGUGAUCGCGGUUUGCUUGGAUAUCAAGGCAUAUGAUCAGUGCCUAAAGGUUCAUCCUCAUUGCUACUUGAUCAACGCUACCGAUUCAGACCAACUCUCUGGUCCGAAUCGGUUUAUGACGCCUGGUUACUUGAAACUUAUUUGGCGGCGAAUGGAUCUUCUUAGGCAAGUUAUUGGUUUAGGGUACAACUUCAUCUUCACGGAUGCAGAUAUAUUAUGGCUUCGAGACCCAUUUCCCCGUUUUUUCCCGGAUGCUGAUUUUCAAAUAACAUGCGAUGAUUACAAUGGAAAACCAUCAGACAAAAAGAAUCACGUGAACUCUGGAUUUACAUACGUCAAGGCAAACAACAAAACUUCAAAAUUUUACAAAUACUGGAUUAGAUCGAGUCGAAAAUUUCCUGGAAAACACGAUCAAGAUGUGUUCAACUUCAUAAAAAACGAUCAUCACAUCGAGAAACUUGGGAUAAAGAUGAGGUUUUUCGACACCGUUUACUUUGGAGGGUUUUGCCAGCCGAGCCGAGACAUCAAUGUGGUCAACACAAUGCAUGCUAAUUGUUGUAUUGGCUUGGACAACAAAGUGAAUAAUCUUAAGGCAGCUCUCGAAGAUUGGAAACGAUAUGUGUCACUUAACACAACCGUGUCCGAGACUAAAUGGAAUAUUCCGCCUAGGUGUGGUUAUUAAAGGUCGGAAGAGUAGAUAUAUGAAACUAGUUUCGUACGUUAAGAUAGUUUCGUUGGUUAUUGAAGUCGUUUAUUGUUUCCUAAUUAUAUUUAGUGUUGAGAUAGUACAUUUUUGUUAUUUGAAAGUAUUAAAUAUUUAAACUUAUA